CAACAAACCACAAAUACUGUGGAGGAGCCCCUUGAUCUCAUCAGGCUCAGUCUAGAUGAGCGAAUCUAUGUUAAAAUGAGGAAUGACAGAGAACUCAGAGGCAGGCUGCAU